CUCGCCUUCAGAAACUCGGUAUCGCAAAUGAUGACUCUGCAAGCCUCCAGCCCCUCCUCCAGCCCAACUAGUGAGGCAGCCCUCAAACCUUCCCAGGGCCCAGCCGCCUGAUGGCUGGGUCAUACGCUUUCUCCACGGACAGGAAAGGCGUCGACAUCAAUGCACGACUUGAUCAUUUGUGUUUGCUUCAUUCUCCUCUCUGAUUCUCCUUGCUGCUUCCUGUCUGGAGGCUUCCUCGCAAUGCUACCUUUCGUGCAUACGCCUCACGCCUCCAAAUCUACCUCCUCCACGACUCCUUUACUCCUGAAGAGCCGCUGCACGGUCACACAGCUCCUUGCCCCAGAAUGGCUGAAUCUCGGACUCUGGUCUCAUCAUCCGCACACCUACCUCCUACCUCCGUGGCUGCUGCCGGUGCUGCGGGUACCCUUGGUGUCUUCUCCGCUCUCAGUCAGCCCUACUUCCUCGCUCCACUUGGCACUCGCUGCUUGCCCCUCUACAGCUCCGACGUCUUAUUGCUGUCCGCAUCGAGACAUUGUCGCUAUCAUCCACUCAUCCUCUGCCUGUGCUUGUCUCGGCGCCUCAAGAUAAGGAUUUUACCCCAGUCGCGGUGUCUUGGCCCUCGAAGCGAUGUAAACAAAGAUACGGUGCACUUGCUCAGCUCUGGUGACAAAAAGUCUUGGGUCGACUUCAAGAACUGACCUGGGGGAGGAUACGAGAUCCCAUACGACCCAGCUAACGACAUGUCAAUAUUGCAUGGCCCACAAAACCGUGUGUCUCGUGUCCUUUGUUUUCCGAUGCCUCUGUCGCACCUUGUCCUACGCAAAAUUCCCU